CUGCCUCAGUUGUGCGUCACUGGCAGUGCAAAACGGGGCGAGCGGUACUACACGUCAUUCCUGUCUGUAGGCAUUGAAUGGGGUAAGUAGGCGUGUGACUAAUGCAUAAAAUCCUGGAUUGUUCCGUCGGUUGUAUAUAGUUAGCAUAAUAAUAGCCGUUGUGUUUAAAAUGCUAGUUAAUGUUUGGUAUAUAACGUAUAAUAAGCAAUAGUACGAGGCAAAAGCAAAUUUGAAUUUUUAUAUAUAGUGUUCGUUGUUGUAUUUACAAAUCGCUUUGCGGUUUCGGAUUUAGCCAGUGCUUUUACAAACAUUUCUCUACGUUGGUUUCGUGUAGAAAAAGCCUCGAUCAGUUGAUUUUAUUUUCCGGUUGAAUAACCUACUUGAGAACUAGUUUGUGAUCACAUAAAGAAUAGGCGCCAAGCCUAAAAAUCGAUUGAAGGACUUUGAACAAAAGUUGUUUGUAUUUUAUUGUUUUGACAGUUGUUUAUUUGUUGCUGUGUUGUUUAAAAGGUUUGUUAGAGCAAUAUGUUUAUAAAAAGAAAUCUGCAAACUUUUUUUUUAUUUUGAGCUAGUGUUUAGGAUAAUUUUAAAACAUGUUGCGAAAACGGAUGCCUUUGUACAAAAUGCUGUAGUUAUAACCUGCACGGGUCCGGAUCAUGAUAAAAAUGUUUAUCUAACAUAGUGUCUUUAUAUCCCCAUGUUGCAUUUAGCGCUUUUUAGAUAUUUAAAACUUUGCAAAGAAUUUCUAAACCCGAUAAAAUGCAGAACAACUUAUGGAUUGCCAUUUGUAUAAUUUGCACGUACCGAGAAGCGGUAUAUGCUUUGCCAGGCGGUGCGCCUACCGGCGCCUGUACCACUAUGAUGCCACGGCACAACAAUGGGGCUAACGGCUUUUUAGCAAGCCAGAGUUUGGCAUCGUCUCCAUACACUCUUAUGGCAAGCAAGAGAAACUACAAUUCAACUGAGGCCAUAACAGUGUGGGUUGUUGACAGUAGGGCGAGCUCCGAUCGCGGGUACAGAGGUUUGUUAUUACAAGCUAGAAAAGUGAGCUCAAGUGCGCCAGUUGGAACUUGGAUGAAUGUUCCUGCUAACACAAAGUUGAUAACAUGCUCAGUAGCCAAUGAUGCGGUCACUCACAGUAAUACGAUGGUUAAAAAUGAGAGCUCUGUUUACACCUGGAAAGCAGGAGGAAACCAUGGAAAUAUUGAGUUUGUAAUCACAACUGCCCAGUCAAGAUCAACAUUCUGGGUUCAACAGAAAUCCGGAAUGUUAAUGCACAGCUCUGCUAGCGUCAGCACUUCAACUACUUUUAGCUUGCUGUUUGGAAUCUUGUGCAUGGCUAUAUUUACAAUGUAGACAAAUCUAGAGAUGUAGUUUCAAACGCUAGAGUAGAAUUUAACAGUUUUUACUUGCUGAACUCACAAAGUAGUUACUUAUAUACACUUCUUAUAACUCGCAUUUACUUGCUUAUUUACACUUCGUCCUAUAAAUAUUAAACUUUUUUAUUAACGUAGAUUUUUAUUGCUGUAUAGUGUAUAUACUUACCGCUAAAUAUUAAACAGUUUUUUAACAU